AUGGUGAAAGUGGAUGGCUCUGCGGUGGGCAUCGAGGCGUUUGUGGACGCUACUGAGGAGCGUCUAGUCAUGCGUGGUCGCAUUAAGACCAAACCGGAGGACUUCGUGGUGCGCGAGAUCAGUGCCGCGGGUGACAUUGUGGGCUUCAGUGAUGAGAGCGACAGACUGCCAACUGGUAGUGAGCGCGACGCUGUGCUGAAGAAGAUCGAGGAGGCGUCGCAGAAGCAGAAGAAGGAGAGGCUGGUGUUUGAUGAGCCUGCGGACGGAUGGCGAGCAGCGCUGACGGAGCUGAUUGGAGCCAAAGCUUGUGAGCACGUUGAAGGCGUCGCGCAAGGCCGAGAGAAUGAGUGCUUUCUUGCUUCCCCCGCGGAGUUUCGGGACCGCAUUUACCUGCAAAACUGCAUCCAGAACUGCUACCCGGGACUAGACUGCAAGUUGGAGCAUGAGAACACGAAAGAGGCUCGGACAGCGCUACAUCGCGUGAUCGCCAAGAGCUCGUCGUCUUUCAAGACGAAGACUGAGACUCGGAAUGGCGUCCAGCGACUGGUUGUUCACUUCUUGCCAAAGAGCAAUAAGAAGCGCAAACGCUCCCAACCGCAAGCUUAUCUUCGGUUUGUACUCCAAAAGACAAACCAAGAGCAUUUUACUUGCUUUGACAAGUUGACCCAGUGGCUCCGUCGUCCGCUCUCAGCGUUUUCAUACGCUGGUACGAAAGACAAAACCGCCAUCACUUUCCAGCACGUUGUGGCGAGUGGAGUGACACCUGAUCGCCUCCAAAGUGUGAACAAAACUGAUGAAGGCGCGCCGACCGGCAUCCGAGUGGGAGACCUUCAGUAUGUUGAACAUCCACUGGCAUUAGGCGGGGCCAGGGGAAACAGGUUCUCCAUAGUCAUCCGGGAUCUUUCAAGUGAACCGGAGUCCAGUUCCAAGACAAUUCAAUCGACUCUUGAGUCUGCGCUGGACAAGAUCAAGCAUCAGGGUUUCGCUAACUACUUUGGGUUUCAGCGCGUAGGAAUGCCCACAAACACAGUGAGAGCCCACCACAUCGGCGAGAAGAUCAUUGCAUGCAAGUGGGAGGAAGCUCUUCGACUCAUCUUGGCAGUACAGGACGGCGAUUCCGAAGAUGGUGCCAAAGCAAAGCAGCUGUACCUCGAGUCUCGCGACAUUGACGCUGCUCUCAAGCUCAUGCCACACGGAAUGCCUGUCGAGCGGCAUGUGCUUCAGGGAUUGAAGCGCUUCGGAAGCGAUGCGUUCGAGCAGGCGGUGCUGAGUGUGCCGUUCUCGCGUCGUGUGAUGUACCUGCACGCGUACCAGAGUUACCUUUUCAAUCGGAUGGUCUCGCUGCGACUGAAGAAGUAUGGCAGCAAGGUUGUCGAAGGUGACUUGAUCAAGUGCGAUAUCCCAAGCGAGAAGUCUAUCUCGGUGAAGGUUGUCACUGCAGAGGAAGCAGCCGAGCUGAACGGGACGCACGCAGACGCGCUGGGACUGGUGUAUUUGCCGCUGCCUGGAACGACUGUGAAGUUCCCUUCUAACUCGAUAAAGGAAGCGUGCCUCGAGGUUAGUGAUACGCCCGUAGAUAUUCACGCCUCGAAGCUGACAGUGACCAAAUGCGUUGUGUGGUGUGUUACAUGUAGAUCACGGAGGAACACGGCACGAAGAAUGCCCUCUGCAAGUCUGGGCCGGUGA